AUGGCUAGCCCUCUGUUCAACGGCAGCGGUGUGGCGCGACGAGCGAUCAACCUCGGCGGCGCCCAUCGUUCGAGCGAGACGUCGCACCAAGAGCUCAUGCAGCGCGCCAAGCGGGAGAGGGAAGGACGUGAGGAAGGGAGGCGGAGGGAAGGCGCGGCGAUCAAAGUGCAGGUCAGCAGUUGGAGGGGCAGCAUGCCUUGGGGUGUGGUGAUGGCCUCCGUGAUCGCCGGCGACAUGAGCGUGCCAUGUGGCGCAACUCCGAGCUGACCGAGCCCACGGUCGCUGCCAUGGUGUGCGAUGACACCCUUGUUCUCGCGUACAGGCCUUUUACCGGGGAAGGGGACAAGCUUCCCGAACGCGCAAUCAACUACGCACCGAAUACGAUCGCAUGAUGAUGACGCCGACCGCAACCUCGUCAGCGGCUUCGUCAGCGGCCUCGAUCGACCCGGACGAGUUGGUCCACGCCACGAAGCGAUUGGUCCUCUUCCUCGCCGAGUCGAAUCAGAGUGACAUCAAACGACUGGCAGCAUGGUGUAGGGCGGUGCUCGUUCCGCCGCGAGGGGCAACUGGUGCGUCAUUUUCACGGCGGGCCCGUGUGGGGGUUCAGUGCGAGUGCUGACUUGCGCUAUGAUACGAGGACACUAGCCAAGACGCCUUCGCUGUUCGCGCUCUACUUGACCCAUUCGAGCACCUGGUCCACGCUUGUGCGUCAGGUCACUCUGCACCUGCUUCGACGAGCGUCCUCGAGCCCAAAGUGAGUAGCUGGCCCCACUCACGAGCUGAAAGCCGGCUCGGCGAUCACUGACCUCGUGUCUCCACGGACGGCGUCAUCCUGCAGUCUUCCGCAGACGCCUUUGUUUGUCGAAAUCGUCAAGAUCUUGUGCGAUCCGUCUUCGUUGACAAAGUGGAAAGUCAUCCCCGUCAAAGGCCAACGGACGCCCCUAGAAUACGUCCUCGACCGAAAGUUCUUCGAACUCCUUCGCACGCUGAUUCUGGAGAUCGUAAGCUCAUGAGGCCCCUUCUCGCUGAGUACGAGUCGAUUUCUUAACCUUCGUCCUCUAUCUUCGACAGCCUACGAACAAACCGUCCCACCCCGCACUCUCGGCCACCGUCGCUCUCACGCUUCUCCCCUUCAAAGCUUUUCCUCCUAGCGCACCAGCGAGCAAAGCUUCUACCCCGGCUACGCCGUCCCCGACGCGACAAGCUGCACUCUCAGCUUUCAUACGCCACAUACUCUCAAUCGAGCUUCUUCCUAGCCGUGUGCCGUCGGCAUCCCUCGCUGCACUCGUGUCCCUGCCGAUCGACGAGGUGCUCGCCACCGUCGCCACCGACGGCCACCUUCCACUCGACAUCGAAGACAGCGUGCACCUCCUCGCGAAUCUGCUCUUUCUCCUGCACAAGCGCGUUGAAUCUUUUACUUCAGCGAAAGCGUUUAUCAAUUACCUCUUGGCUUUGCGCUCGCUAUUGGAUCAAGUCCCGUCGUCUGCUUUUACCGACGCGCACAAGAACACUGUCGCUGCCUCGAGCAAAGGUAAGGGGAAAGAGGUCGAGGUCGUCGUCAUCGAAGAUUCGGACGACGAGUCGGAAGAUGAUGGAGGAGUUGCAAACGAGGCAGUCCAACGUGCACGAGCGCGGUUGGGUGCGAGUUCGACCACUCGGGACGGGGAUGGGGAUGUUUCCAUGACGGACGCCGCCGCCGCAUCAACUUCACCCUCACGAACCUUCAAACUCUGUCUCGAUCGCCAUACGACUCAAUCGCUCCAGUCCGUAGCUUCACGCGACCACAUCGCCCACCUGCUUGUUCUCUCUACUCGAUACUCGGCUUCGUCGCGGGUACCUCUCGCCUCCUUCCUCGUUUCUUUGAUGGUCGCAUGGCCCGCGAAGCGUGACGAUGUGCUCAACGCGUUGAUGUACAGUGGAGGGAGCUCGGUGAACGAGCGGGGGGGCGGUCUCCUACGCGAGCUCUUCCGUGGCUACGUUCGCUCGGGUCCACUCGGACGGAUCCUCGGGGGGGCUGGACAAGACCGACGACUCGCUGCCGACAGCAUUACUGGCUCACUGCUCGACCCUGCGCUCGCCCCGGAUUGGACUGUUCUCGUCCUGCUUAGCGAACUCUAUUCGCGCUGCUUGCACACGAUGGGAGACGACGAGUUUUACUCGACUCGCAACCCGCUUUCGCUCGACGAGGUCGUCGGUUUAUCGGCGAUGCUGCGCAAUCUAGCCUUCCAGCUGUACUGGCAAGAAGGGGAUCUGAUCUCGCAGCAAAAGGGUCGAAGGAUUGCCGGGACGAGGAUCUCGAUCGAGGCGAUGCGCUCCUUGGCGAUGGCGCUGUUGCAACAGAUUCACGCCAGGGACUCGAGGCGAUCGUUCACGCCGCCGGACCAUUGGCUCAUGACGUCGCAGUUUGACCUUGCCUCUUUUAUUCAGACCGUCGUCUAUGAGGACGAAAAACUGGACGCUGAUGAGGAGAACGCAACGCAUGGUCCGUCGCACGACGACAACGAUGCUCGAGGAGGGGCCCUCUCGCGACGACCGCACCCCCGCUCCUCGGCGAAUCUCAGCAAACGGCAAAUGACGUUUAUCAGCCCUCGUUUAGGUGUGCUCAACAACAUCCCUUUCGUCAUCCCUUUCGAGACGCGUGUUGCCAUCUUCCGUCAGUUCGUGGAGAACGAUCGAAUCCGGCUCGGGCUGAACGAAUUCCGCUACGACCGAUCUCGACGCACGACGGUCCGGGUUCGUCGCACAAACCUUGCGGCGGAUGCGUUCCAGCAGAUGAGUGGACUCGGAGCAGGGCUCAAGUCCAACAUCCAGAUCGUCUUCAUCGACGAACACGGAAUGGAAGAGAGCGGCAUCGACGGCGGCGGCCUGUUCAAGGAGUUGCUGACGAGCCUGUGCAAGGAGGCGUUCGACACCGAUCGCGGAUUGUGGCUCGAGACGGCGCAGCGCGAGUUGUACCCCAACCCUCAUGCGUACGCCAAGGAGUCCUCGCAAUUGGCUUGGUAUACGUUCAUGGGUCAUAUUCUGGGCAAAGCGCUGUACGACGGCAUCUUGAUCGAUGUUCGGUUCGCUGGCUUCUUCCUCGCCAAAGUGAGUGGAAGCGCGUCGACUUUUGAUUUCAAAAUUUGAAUGAGAGUACUGAUCAAUGGGCGUUUUGCCUGUCACUGCAGUGGCUUGGACGUCAAAGCUAUCGUGCGUCUACCCCAUUUCAAGGCAAGGUCAUGCAACACCCCAGCUGACUCCCUGGCUGCCAUUCCUCCCCUUGCGUCGCAGUCGACGAUCUUCAAUCACUUGACCCCGAGCUUUACUCGGGCCUGAUCCAGCUCAAGAACUAUCCGGGCGAUGUUGAAACCGAUAUGUCGCUCAACUUUACCGUCACCGAUGAAGGUAGGUCCGAGCGCAGAUACUCCGCGUGGCGGAUCAAAACCAGAACUCUGACCCAGCGAGCGCUUCCUCCUGCAGAUUUCGGUGUGUCCAAGACGGUCGAUCUGAUCCCUCGGGGUAGUGAGAUUGCAGUCACGAGUGAAAAUCGCAUCCAAUACAUCUUCCUCAUGUCGCACUAGUGAGUAUUCGCGAAGGUCGGUGUCGGCACUGUUUUGCCCGAAGCUAAGUUCGGACGGGUGAUCUGCACAGUCGACUAAACGUUCAAUUGGAGAAGCAAUGCGCGGCGUUCUUUGCUGGCCUAUCCGAGAUUAUCCCGGAACGCUUCUUGCGCAUGUUCAACCAGGACGAGCUGAGGAUCUUAGUCGGUUAGUCUUCGAGACAAAACCUUAUCGCCUCAGCUUCGCCUCACCCACUAACGCCGACUGCUCUCUUCGGCACCCAGGCGGUAUCGAUCAACCCAUCGACAUCGAAGAUCUCAAGGCCAACACCGUCUACGGCGGCUUUGCUGGCGAGGAAGCGAACGAGUCGAUCCGAGCCUUCUGGCGCGUCGUCGAGUCGUUCGACAAGGAACAACGCUCCAAGCUCGUCAAAUUCGUCACUUCUUGCGCUCGACCUCCCUUGUUGGGCUUCAAGGAACUCACACCCAAGUUCGCUCUACGCAAUGCCGGAGCGGAUCAGGAUCGUUUGCCAACGAGGUGAGCGGACUGCGAAUUGCCGAGAACCUUUCCGUGUCCCCCGGCUUUGGACUAACGCGUGGAAGACGAUGAUUUUUCCUCCUUACAGUUCAACGUGUGUGAACCUGCUCAAGAUCAGCGAGUACAAAGAUGAAGAAAUGAUGCGCCAGAAAUUGCUUUGUAAGUGGUCUACCGCCCCCGAUCAAAGUUUGCUUCGCCAGCUGACGGUUGCACCCUCCCGUUUCAGAUGCGAUCAACUCGGGCGCGGGCUUUGAUUUAUCCUGA